AUGACCAACUUCGAGAAGUCGGUCAAAGGAGCCACAAAGUUGAAGCUUGCGGCUCCGAAAUCGAAAUAUGUCGAGACAAUCCUGGUAGCGACGCACUCUGGCGAUGCAGGUGUCGCAGAGGUCUUCCGAACCCUCCAGCACCGACUGCGCGACUCUGCAUGGACGAUCGUCUUCAAGGCCCUCAUUAUUGUCCACCUCAUGAUACGAGAAGGUCAAGAAGACGCCGUGCUGAUCUACCUUUCCGACAAUCCCAAGAAGAUUGCGCCCAGCAAUUUCUCCGAAGCGCAAUCUCAAGGCCGCAAUAUUCGACGAUAUGCCGACUACCUGAUUACCCGCGCGAAGGCGUACGAAGCGACGAAGGUCGAUUAUGUCCGGAAUGGACCAGGGCGUCUGAAGCGGCUGAGCGUGGAGAAAGGCCUCCUCAGGGAAACAGAAGUCGUACAGAAGCAGAUUCGUGCGCUACUUCGCUGCGAUCUGUUGACCGACGAACCCGAGAAUGAGAUCAGUUUGACCGCAUUUCGCCUACUUACCCUCGAUCUUCUCACCUUGUAUUCGGUGAUGAACGAGGGAACCAUCAAUGUCUUGGAACACUACUUUGAAAUGUCAAGGCCGGAUAGUGAACGUGCCUUGUCCAUAUACAAGACGUUUGCCAGACAAACGGAGGAAGUAGUCCGGUUCCUGGGCGUUGCGAGACAUUUUUCAUCAGCCACGCGAUUGGAGAUCCCGAAACUUAAGCAUGCAUCCACCGACUUGACGCGCCUGCUUGAGGAUGACCUGAACGACCCGGACUUUGACCUCCGCCGACGCGAAUAUCUAGCUGGGAAAGGAAUAAACGCGAACGACAAGCCAGGCUUUAUUGCCCGAAACUGGGCAGAAGAAAGCACCACCCCGGACCUGAUUGACUUUUUUGAGUCUAUCGACCCAAAUCCACAGCCAGUGGCCCAACAGAAUAUCUCGCAAUACCAGCAAAUUGGGUUCCAGCAACCGCAACCGCAACCGCAGCCGCAACCGCAGCCUCAACCAGCAUUUUAUGCACAGCAGACAGGGUUCCAGCAACAACCCCAGCAACAGCAGCCCCAGAUGGUUGGAUUUGCCCAGCAGAACCCAUACGGAGGCUUCCAGCAACAACCGACUGGAUUCCAACAACAACAGAAUACCGGAAACCCAUUUGCGCAGCAGCCGCAACAGCAGCAGAAUAUGGGCAACCCAUUCGGGCAGCCACCAGCACAGGCUCUUCAAGCCACACCUACGGGGGCUGGAUUUGGCGGUUAUUCCCCACAGCCUCAGUCGUAUGGUUUCCAAUCCAACCUGUCACCCAUCCCCCAGAAUGGGACUACGUCGUUCCAUCAACCCCAGGCCCAACAAUCCCCAACUACGUCCAACCCCUUCCGCCAAUCUAUGCUGGUCAGUCAACAUACAGGCCCUGCAUCUACGGCUCCUGCCAAACCACUCCAGCGGCAGAACACCAACCCUUUCGCAAAGCGGCUCUCUACGAACGUUUUACCACAGUCUACUGGCUUUGGUAUCUCUGAUCCAACACAAGCCCCCCCCAGUUCCCCAAAUCCCACAAUCACAGUCUCCACAGCCACUUGCACCCCAACGUACGGGGACAAAUCCAUUUUCUCGCACUUCAUUGAUGCCACAGAACAGCGGGAGCCGUCCUCAGACAGCACCCUUAAGGCCUACGGCAACAGGGACCAACCCCUUCCGGCAAAGCCAGUUUAUUAA